AUGUAUUUCUUCCUGCGCUGCUUCUUCCUGGAGAUAGACUUAACGUCUACCUGCAUUCCCAGGUUCCUGGCCACCAUCAGCACGGGGGACAGGACCAUUUCCUACAACUGUUGUGUAACACAGCUAUUCUUCAUCCUGCUGGCGGCGACCAAAGUCUUCCUCCUGGCCACCAUAUCCUAUGACCGCUACGUCGCCAUCUGCCAGCCGCUGCACUACACGACAGUCAUGAGUCAGAAUGUCUGCACCCUACCGGUCCUCUGCUCUUGGCUAACCGGGUUCCUGGUCAUAUUUCCUCUUAUUAUACUUGGCCUCCAACUGGACUUCUGUGGCUCGAUAGACAUUGACCACUUCUUCUAUGACGUCUCCCCUAUGCUCCUGUUCUCCUGCUCGGACACCGGGUUCCUGGAGCUGAUAGCUUUCAUCUUGGCCUUGAGGACACAACUGGUCACCUUGGUCUUAGUGGCCGUGUCCUACACAGCCAUUGCCCGCACCAUCCUGAGACUGCCCUCUGCUCAGCAAAAGAAAAAAGCCUUUUCCACCUGCUCCUCCCACACGUUCGUGGUCUCCAUCACAUAUGACAGCUGCAUCUUCAUGCACAUCAAACCGUCCGACAAUGACAGGGUGGACCUGACCAAGGGGGUGACUGUGAUGAAGACUUCCGUGGCCCUCAUGUUGAACCUUUUCAUCUACAACCUGGGAAACUAG